GUCAGACCUCAGGGACAGAGAGAGGAGUGAAGGCACACUGAAGACAGCAGAGAAGAGGAACUUUAUCAAGAGUGAACCAUGAGGACGCUGCUGCUGCUGUGUCUGUGUGUGACAUUCGCCUGGGCUCAGGAUAACCUGGACUAUGACGACUAUGACACGGACACCAGCUCACCAACAAAGAAUAAGACAGCGCCUGUAGAUGCUCGUGGUCACCGUCCAGUGAUGAAGGGCAGGGACAGGUACAACCCUAACCGCUAUGCCCCACCCCCUAUCAGCGGGGGCGGAAGGUACCGCGGCCGCCCCACCGCCGCUCCGGUCGCAGGACAGGUUAAGGAGAAGGAGCCACAGCCGGAUGCCGGAGGAUGCACACACGCCUCAGAGGAGAUGGGUGUUUUGUGUCCCAACGGCUGCGAGCUGAAGACCACUCUGCUGAAGAUGGAGAAGAACGUCAAGACGAGCAUUAAUGAACUCAAGCCUCAGGUGGAUGAGUUGUCCCGAUCCUCCAACUCAGUCUACAACUACGUCAAGAGCCUGUCCGUCUCUCUGAGGGAGAGGCAGAGAAUCAUCAACAACAACAACAGGGUGGUCGGUGAUUACACUGAUCGAGUGGAGGAGCAACACGCCUACAUCAAGGAGACGGUGGACACUUUGUUCCCCUCCAACAUCAGAGUGCUACAGGGGGUUCUGGACAAGAUCAAGCUAAAGAUCCAGAAGCUGGAGAAGGCCAUCCAGGCCCAGAGGGAGGAGUGCAAGGAGCCAUGCAAGUCCAAAUGUCCCAUACCGGUGGUGUCUGGUAAGGAGUGUGAAGACAUCUUCCGCCGUGGAGGAAAAGACUCCCAGAUGUACAUGAUCCAGCCCGACUCCUUCUACCCUCCAUACAAGGUCUUCUGUGAUCAGACAUCCCAGAAUGGAGGAUGGCUUCUCAUCCAGAACAGGCUCGAUGGCAGUGUUGACUUUGGCCGCCGCUGGGACGAAUAUCGCCGCGGUUUUGGCAACAUUGCAUUUGAUGUUGGCAAGGGUCACUGUGAGACUCCCGGUGAAUACUGGCUUGGCAAUGACCGUAUUAGUCAGUUGACCAAGAUGGGCCCCACUGAGGUUCUCAUUGAGAUGGAGGACUGGACAGGAGCCAAGGUCCACGCCCAGUAUCAGCAGUUCACCAUCCAAUCAGAGACCUCCAACUUCGUGCUGGCGGUCGAUGGUUACAGUGGCACUGCUGGCAACGGUUUCCUGGAGGGAUCCACAGAACUGUUUGGUGAAAACCGCACGAUGACCAUUCACAACGGCAUGAUGUUCAGCACCUACGACAGAGACAAUGACAACUGGCUCCCCGGGGAUCCUUCCAAACAGUGCGCCAGGGAGGACGGAGGGGGCUGGUGGUACAACCGCUGCCACUCAGCCAAUCCCAACGGCCGUUACUACAUAGGCGGAGCCUACACGCACCAAAUGGCCAAGCACGGCACAGACGACGGCGUGGUGUGGAUGAACUGGAAGGGGAGCUGGUAUUCCCUGAAGGCCAUCAGCAUGAAGAUCAGGCCGUUCUUUGCCUCCAGAUAAUCGUGCCGCAUCGCGUCGACACAUGACACGUACAGGAAACUGCCAAAAUAAAAGACUCCAGAGUGUGGUGUGUCUGUGUAACAUUCAACUGGUACUCAAGUGUGUCCUUUAUUUUAGCAGUAGCUGUUAUGUUGAUGGACACACACUCACGUUCACACACAACUGAAACCAGGAGUGUGCUGAAAACGACCAGUAAUAAAUGAACAUGCAGCAUUAAGCUUAGAAAUAAAGUGAAAUAAUAACCUGUCAGAUAAAAAGAUGAAGAGAAACAUGGUUGUUGUUGUGAGUGAAUGUGCUGUGAGCUGUCCUCUCUCGUUAUGUGUGACGUCUUCAGUGUGCACUAGGACGAGUUGCUGUCAACUGUCCUCCGCUACUCAAUAAACACAUUGAGCAACAUA